AUGGGUUACCAUAGAAGGAAAUUAGAUCUUCAGAUCAUCUUUUAUGGCAGUUCCACAAAUCUUCGAGACUUUACUGGGGAGAUUGUACCUUAUGAGAGGAUCAUUAUUCACCCAAACUUCACUGUUACCUCUCCUAAAGAUGACCUCAUGCUGAUAAAGCUGCCUCUACCUUUUACCUUCUCCACCAAAAUUUUUCAGUUGCCUACUCUCAAGAAUGCAGUUAAAGAUUGCUUGAUUCACACUUGGUUAGACAACAAAGACUUUAUUGGAAAUUCAAACCAUAAGCUGCAAAGAGUCAAGAUUCAAUUGAGCUCUAAUAUAAACUGCAAAAAAUUACUGGGUGAAAAACUCCUUGAAGACAUGUUCUGUAUAGGACCCAUGCUAGGAAGCCAAGAGCCCUGCAAGGUGGUCACAGCUGCACCAGCCAUAUGUGGCGGUGAAUUACGAGGAAUUUUGUCUUGGGAAACUGGAUGUAUUCUAACAGGAUACACUGUUGUCUUCACUGACCUACACAGCUACAUUCCAUGGAUCAAGAACAUUAUGUCUACAGAACAAGCUGAUAUAGAGCUCCAUUGA